GACUUCGUCCAAGGGAAGGGACUUGGUCUCGUUGUCAACUUGCAUGGUCCCCCGGGUGUGGGCAAAACAUUGACUGCUGAGGCAACAAGUGAAGUCACCGAAAGCCCGCUCUAUAUUGUUGGUACCAGUAACCUGGGAACCGAACCAUAUGCAUUGGACCAGAAUCUGAGAGAGAUUUUCGUACUCGCGUAUCGAUGGAAAGCAAUAGUGGUCAUAGAUGAAGCGGAUAUCUUCCUGGAGAAGCGAGACUCGAACGAUGACGUAGAGCGUAAUGCUACUGUGGCUGUGUUCUUGCGACAACUCGAAUAUUGUCCUGGCAUCCUCUUCUUCACUACAAGUCGUGCCUCUGUGUUUGAUGAAGCUAUGAUGUCUCGCGUCCAUGUUUCGCUCUCCUAUACUCAGCCAGAUGCGACAGCGCGAGCCAAUCUAUGGACUGUGUUCCUGACGAAAGCUGACAUUCCGCUGGAGUCCAUUGAAAGACACGUGGUGGAGUUGAGUCAGCUUCCCCUGACCGGUCGCGACAUCAAG